AACACUUUUAUCCUGGUAUAUGCUUUUUGAAACUGAUGGGGUGGGAAAGUAAAGUAGCAUAUGCAUAUGAAAUGCUCUCUUGCUUUUGCUUAUCGAGGAGUACUCCAUUCUCAUGGAUGGCUUCUCCUUUUGCUCUCUUGCUUCCUUUUUCAACUUACAAACUCUUUGAUUUUGUUGGGUUUCUCUCUUUCUUCUUCACAUUUCUAGCACUGAUUUUGUCCACUAUUAUCUACAUAUGGAAACACAAAUCUGAUGAAAAUGUUUUGACUUCUGAGGUGAAGAAGAGUUCACACGAUGAAAGUGAAAAUUUUGCAACAACUUCAAUGCUCAUAAAUGAAUCUAUGAUUGAAUUAGAACAAGGUAGUGAUGAUUCAAUUUCUGAUGAGGAAAGUCUCAUAGAAAUUGCACUUCCAAGUGGACACUUUAUGGAUCAACAGAAUAAGAAGGAAUUAUCAUAUGAUCAGUCCCUUUUUGAUCAACAAAGUUUGAUGGAAUUCUUAGCUGAAUUUAAUGAAAUGUUUGAGGAAGAGAAUUUAAUAGAGAUUGAUAUAUCCAUGGGUUCAAUCAAGCAGUGCUCAAGGUUUGAAAUACAAACAUAAUACAUAAGUAAUUACCACUAUGUAUGUUAUGUUAUAUCAAGUUUUUUCUUUUAUUUUUUCAUCCAACUUCUAAUAUAUUUGGUUGGAUUUGGAAUGUAACGUGUUGUUGUUGUUAUUAAUGUUGUGCAAUAAACUUUGGAUCCCUGUUAAAGGGAAUCUAUUAUUA